AGCUAGCAAAGGCAGAGAAGAGGUUUAAAGAAGAGGCAGUAGUGGAAAUGAUGAAGCUAGACAAGCAAAUCAAAAAAACUCAAAUCCGACUAGAACCGUUAGUGGAGGAAACCAGGCAGCUGCUGGCGGAAAACGUACGUGUCGAGGAGGAAAACCAGUUCUUUCUGGAAUACCUGACCAAGCAAACAAAGGAGUCUAGACAGCGAACCGAGAAGCUGUGGAACUACUAUUCACAACAAAGUGAGCAGAUUGAACAAAGGAGACAAGAAUUAACCUCCAAAUAUGCAGAAAAAAAUUCAGCGCUUAAAACAGAGCUCUUGCAGAAAGAAAAGAUCCUAUGCAAUUUGAAUAAGCAGUUGGAGGCAAUGAGGGACGUUUCGAUAGUAAAGGAGAAACAGGAGACAGAAAUUCAGACACUACAGCAGGAGAUAAAGAAAACCCUCGCUGAGACAGCUGCAAAGAAACAGGCCAUGCUGGUCCAGUUCUUCCAGGAUAAAGCACUACUGGAGGCACAACUGAGUGAGCUAGAUGCAAGGCAGCUGGGAAAGAGACCAACAAAGGAGCUGAAGAGCAAGAACGAGGCAUUGGAGAGGGCAGCAAAGCAGUACACUUCCGAGUUCCACAGCAGCAUUGACAGACAACACCAGCAGUUACAGAAGGAACUACCACAGCUAAUUCAGAAAUGCCAGAAGUUGGAGGCUACUCACAGCCGUUUAAAAAAGCAGCAGCAGCAGCUGCAGCAAGAUCAGUGGUACCUAGAGUGCUUAAGCUGGGGGAGGCAACGGCUGCAAGAAAGGCGUAAUCCGUGCCCAAAAGGACAAGGUGCUCCAAAGACCAUACUGAACCCUGCCCUAGGCACCAAAUCAAGGACGCACCCAAAGUAA